UGAGAGGACAGACCGCAGCAGCAGAGACAGAGGAGACACUGACGGGACUCACAGUUUACAGAUUUUAUUAAAUAUAAACUCCUGAUAAUAUUAUUAAUAUAAAUAAAGAUGCUGCAGGUGAAUGAGACGCAGCUUCCGGUCCUGUCGGAGUACAGCUUCGAGCGGCGCUUUGACGAGAGAGGAGCGAUUCAGUGGAUGCAGGCUAACUGGAGCAAGUCUUUCGUGUUCAGCGCUCUGUACGCCGCCCUGGUGUUCGGAGGUCAGCACUACAUGAAGCCUCGACCCAAAAUGAACCUGCGGCGGCCGCUCAUCCUCUGGUCGCUCAGCCUCGCCCUCUUCAGCAUCAUCGGUGCGAUCCGGACCAGCUCCUACAUGUUCCACAUCCUGAGCAGCAGCGGCUUCAGACAGUCCAUCUGUGACCAGAGCUUCUAUAACGGACCCGUCAGCAAGUUCUGGGCCUACGCCUUCGUCCUGAGCAAAGCUCCAGAGCUCGGCGACACGGCGUUCAUCGUGCUGAGGAAGCAGAAGCUGCUCUUCCUGCACUGGUACCACCACAUCACCGUGCUGCUGUACUCCUGGUACUCCUACAAAGACAUGGUGGCCGGCGGUGGCUGGUUCAUGACCAUGAACUACACCGUGCACGCGCUCAUGUACAGCUACUACGCGGCGCGCGCCGCCGGCCUGUGCGUGCCGCGGCCGUUCGCCGUGCUCAUCACCAGCGCUCAGAUCGGUCAGAUGGCGAUGGGGCUGACGGUGAGCGCGCUGGUGUACCGCUGGAUGCAGCACGGAGACUGCCCCUCCCGCCUCGACAACAUCACCUGGGCCGCCAUCAUGUACCUCAGCUACCUGCUGCUCUUCUCCAACUUCUUCUACCAGACGUACCUGCGCCGCCGCGGGGACGCCAAGACACAUAAGGCUGAGUAGAGACCAGGGGCAUUGUGGGAGAUCUGACUGUGUGUCAUGUCUCUGAACUGAAGCUGCUAACAUUUAAACAUCUUUAACGUGACAUUUUAUAUUUCUGAGGGGAACUGGAGCCAUCGUUUGUUUGGCUGACCUCAGGAGUCAUUUGAAUAACAAAGAUCAACUCCACAUCCAACAUCUGAUGAAUCAAAUCAUCAGACAAAAACACUUUGACACAUAACCAAACUUCAGGCGUAAAAUAAAACCUAAAAUAUUUAUUUGUAAAUCUGCAGGAAACAUCUGUAACAGUGUCGAAUGAUGUCACUUCAGAUUUUUUAAAGUUUGACGGACACACAAAGGUCACAGCAUCGUGAAGUUAAUCAGACUAAAUGAUGAAUGAGUCAGUUUUAUCUCCUCAUAAUUUCCAGCGACUGAUUUUAGUUCACACACACAUUUGUUUUAAACACGCCUUCAUCACUGGGCCCGACGACACAUGACGUCAUCCUGACCGACGACCUGCUGGAAUUUAGUCAAAAGAUUUGUUGACGCUCACUUCGAUGACUCGUCACCCGUCACACCCAGCAGGCUGAUGAAACCACCACUCCCACCUCAAACUGCUCGUACUGGUGUAACUGGUUUCCCCUGUCCACACCUCCAGUCCUGUGUGUGAGGAGCCAAUCAGGAGGCAGCAGCAGACGGUUUACACAAAUCUCACCUGGAGUUUGAUGUUUGAGUCACACUGUUUACAGGAAGUGAUUUUAAAGGCGGACACGUCUAAACUGUCACCAGAAUCCAACAUGACGUCCUCAAACAUCUUGUUCUCAACAGUCUGAAACAGAUUUGAGAAGCUGAAACCUGCCGCUUGAUAAACGUCAACAGUUAAAUAUCUGUCUGUCGACUUUUAUUUGAAUCGACUCGUCGUUUGAGCUCUUUGCUGCUUUUAAACUUUGUGUUUGGUAAAACCAGUUUGUUUACAUGUAAACAAGAAGCUUACAUUAGUGUUGAGGUUGUUUUUUUUUUUCCAUCCACGUUUUCCAGCUGAGAAACAAAAAUCUAUGACGUGAUUUAUUUAUUAAUAUUUAUUUGACGUAUGAUGGCAGCCAGUCGGUGGCCGGAGAAGUCUCCAAACACAAAUCACUAAUGUUUGUUUAUUAAUAUCACUGACGUGUUGAUCACAUGUAUUUAUGAGUUUGUAUUUUUUAUAUUGUUUUUUGCACCACAGAGAUUUUUGUUUACUGAAAGCUGUCGUCAGGAAACAUCUUCCUCACAAACAUGUUGUUUAUUGUUAUUAUUAUUGUUUUGAAGUCUGUGAUGUGAAAGUUUCUGAGUUUUAAGGGGACGUUCAGCAGCAGAAGCUGUUUGAUGAACGAGCCACAUGAACGCUGACUGAUGAUGAUUUUCUGUAUGAACACACCUUUAUAUUUCUGCUGUUGAUGAACAUGACAACAUGUGAACACCUUCAGGUUCAAAACAUUUUAUUUAUUGUUUGAAAAAUAUAAUAAACUGUUUAUAAAUGUUUGUAAA